AUGAAGGAGAUCGCUGACCCCGUCAUCGAGACUGAGUGCGGCGCUGACUACGUCCCGCUCCUGACGGCCCUGAAGCUCGGGCAGUGGGAGGAGGCCGACCAGAUCACCCGUGACAUGCUGAUUUGGAUUGGUGGGGAGAAUACUAGGAAAAGGGGAUUCGUGUACUUCUCUGAGGCCUCGAAGCUGCCUGCCAAGGACAUGAAGACAAUCGACCGCCUGUGGACGACGUUCAGUGAAGGAAAGUUCGGCUACUCCGUGCAGAAACAGAUCUGGAACUCCGUCAGGGUCAAGGGAGACUUCAACUUGUUCGUUCAGGAGAUUGGAUGGACUCAGGGACCUUGUGGGGGAUGCGACGCCAUCUGCUCUGGCUGCACGGGGACGCUUAAGCGAUGGACGGCCAUCGGAGCCAAAGGCAACGAGUUCGUCUACGACUUGAAGAAUGCCAAGAAGGGGCAUCUCCCUCUGACUAGCGCGCUCAGAGGAACCUACCUGCUGUGA